AUGGAUACGCUUUCCACGCAUUCGAAUUACACCGGGUUAGCAUUUGGUGUGCGGGUGGCCAUCGACCCGUUCGCACGAGCCCGUCAGUUGCAUUUGCAACUUCGCUAUCACGCCGACCGAUAUUACAACGAGGACGCCCCCGUUAUCGGCGAUGGUCAGUACGAUACGUUACUGCAGGAAUUGCGCCGCCUGGAGGUUCAGUUUCCCGGUUGCCUCAACCCCGAUUCGCCCACCCAACGCGUCGCCGGCGCGCCCGCUGACGGUUUCACUCAGGUGGAACAUCCGAUGCCCAUGCUCAGCCUGGCCAACGCGUUCGCCAGGGAGGAUGUGGAGGCCUGGCACCGCCGCGUCACCGACCUGCUUGACGGUCAAUCGUUUCGGAUGGUGGCGGAACUGAAAAUCGACGGAUUGGCGGUUCGACUAACCUACCGGGACGGACGCUUCCUGCUGGGUGCGACCCGCGGCAACGGUCAAACCGGGGAAGACGUUACCCACAACCUGCGUACCGUCAGGAGCAUACCCCUGACCCUGUCGGGUCGGCCGCCAACUGAUCUGGAGGUGCGCGGCGAGGUUUAUCUCCCGUUGGACAGCUUCCGCAAGAUGAACGAAGAACGCGAACGGUUGGGUGAGCCUCUGUACGCCAACCCACGCAACACCGGCGCGGGCACGAUACGUCAACUGGACCCCAAGGUCACGGAAAGCCGAAACAUGCAGAUGUGGGUGUAUAGCCUGAAUGACACCGGCGUUGCUCCCAUACCGGCCGGACAUUGGGAAUGCCUGCAAAACCUGAAAUCGUACGGGUUCCGCAUCAACCCCCUGAAUCGGACUCUGGAUACCGUGGACGAGGUUUGCGAUUUCUACGACGAGAUGCUGAGUCGGCGGCACGAGUGGAAUUAUGAAGCGGAUGGCAUAGUGGUGAAGGUUGACAGCAUCGCCCAGCAAAACUCGCUGGGAGUGGCGGGCCGGGAACCGCGCUGGGCAAUCGCCUACAAGUUCCCGGCAGAGCGGUCCACCACACGUCUGUUGAACAUCAUCAUCAACGUGGGGCGCACGGGUAGCCUUAAUCCCCAGGCGAUUCUGGAGCCGGUGGUGGUGAGUGGCGCGACGGUGCAACACGCAUCGCUACACAACGAAGAGGACAUCCACCGCAAGGAUAUCCGCAUCGGAGACACGGUGGUCAUUGAGCGGGCCGGCGACGUGAUCCCCCACGUGAUCGGCCCGGUGGACAUCCCGGGUAGGGAGAACCUGCCGGUUUUCAAAAUGCCGGAACAUUGCCCGGUGUGCGGGACACCCGUGGUGAAAGACGAAGGCGACGCCAUGCACCGGUGUCCGAACUCGGCCUGCCCGGCGCAAUUCUUCGAAUCCCUGAAGCAUUUUGUGUCCCGGGGGGCGAUGGACAUAGACGGGUUGGGAGAACAGUGGUGCCGCGUAUUGAUUGAUCAGGGGCUCGUGUCCGACGUUUCGCACCUUUAUCAACUGACGACGGAGCAAUUGACGGCGUUGGACCGCAUGGGAGAGCGCCUCUCGACACGCAUCCUCAACAACAUUGAAGCGAGCAAGCAGCGACCGUUGGCGCGCAUCCUGUUCGCGUUGGGUAUCCUGCACGUGGGCGCGGAAGUGGCAGACUUUCUGGCUGGACGUUACGCCAGCAUCGAUGACAUAGCCGAAGCUGGCAUGGACGAAUUGACUGACAUCGACGGCAUAGGCCCGAAAAUCGCCGAGAGCAUCGUCAGGUAUUUUGCGACUGAACGCAACCAGGCGACGAUUGCAGGUCUGCGUUCGGCGGGCGUCAAGCUUCGGCAGUAUCUGGCGCCGGUGGACACAUCCGCGCUACCGUGGAAAGGGUUGACGUUCGUAAUCACCGGCACACUGGUCAACAUGACUCGCCGCGAGGCGGAAGGCAGGGUGAAAUCCCUGGGUGCCGCUACCUCGUCUUCGGUCUCGCGACGGACCGACUGGCUGGUGGCCGGAGCAUCUCCGGGCACCAAGUUGGCAACCGCCGAGCGCCUCGGGGUGCCAGUGCUGGACGAAGCCGGCCUGAUGGCGCUGCUGCAGGACCCGGCCGCGACAAGCUCCGCCACCACCCAGGGCGAACCGGACGCGGACGAUGUCUGA